AUGAAGAUUGUUGCUUUGGUCCUCACUCUUUGUAUUCUAGGCUAUGCCAACGCCAACCUCUCUGCUGGCGCCACCACCUCCAUCUCUGGUUACUACAAUGUAAACAAGACUACUGAUGCCAACCUUUUCUACUGGUUCUUCGAGGCUCAGACCAACCCAACCACUGCACCCUUCAUCAUUUGGUUGACUGGAGGUCCAGGAUGCUCCUCCGAGCUCGCCAUCUUCUACGAAAACGGCCCAUUCUCUUUGUCUGAGGAUAUGCAGUUGGUCAACAACCCAUACUCAUGGAACAAGGUUGCCAACAUGUUGUACGUUGACAGCCCAGUCGGAACUGGUUUCAGUUACGUGUCAGACCCCAACGGAUACUCCACCAACGAGGAGGAGGUCGCCGCCAACUUGUACAGCAUGCUGUCGCAGUUCAUGGCCGAUCACCCACAAUACGCCCAGCUUCCAUUCUACGUGUUUGGAGAGUCGUACGCCGGUCACUACGUGCCCGCCCUGUCCUACUUCAUCUACACCAAGAACCAGGACCCAUACUCAGUCCACUUCAACCUCAAGGGUCUGGCCGUCGGUAACGCCAUGGUCUACCCAGCCAUCCAGUACGGCAGCAUGGGUCCAAUGGCCUACUCGCACGGUCUGAUUGGCCCACUCGCCCUCAAGGAGACCGAGGGUCUCGUCGGUUCAUGUGUCGACGCCAUCAACUCUGGCAGCUACAACGACUCCAACACGAUCUGCAAUGAGAUCAUGAACGUCAUCCAGGAGAACGCCGGCCCAUUCAACCCAUACGAUGUGAGAAAGACCUGCCCACCCUCCCUGCCACUCUGCUACAACUUCACCCUGGUCGGCGACUACUUGGCUCAGCCAUCCGUCCGCCAGCAGCUCGGCGUGCCAACCAACGUCAACUGGACCCUGUGCAGCAACGUCGUCUACGCCGACAUCAUCAACGACUGGUGGAACACCGAGGUCGCCCACAUCCCAAUCCUGUUGGAGGCUGGUAUCAGAACCCUUGUCUACAACGGAAACAUGGGCUGGAUUUGCAACUACCUCGGCUCUGAGGCCUGGGUCUCGCAGUUGGAGUGGUCCAACAACCAGCAGUGGAACAACGCCCCAAGAAAGAUCGUCAUGACUGGUCAGAACAUCGGAGGUUACACUCAAUCCUACGGUGGUCUCACUCUGAUGGCCGUCAACAACGCUGGCCACAUGGUUCCAAUGGAUCAGCCAGAGACCAGUUUGAACAUGGUCAUCUCUUUCCUCAACAAUAAAUUCUAA